GUGCCCUGGAGCGGCUGCGUCUUGUAGUAUCCACUGCGAGUCUCUGUGGUGAUGCUGAGAGAAGGAAAAACGCAGCGGAUAUAUGAGGAAGACACGAGCCGGCUCCAAACGCCUUUUACGCGCUGACUUCAUCUGAAAACAUUGGAGAAGAGCACGUCCCCGUCUUGCGCUCACCUGACAAAGCCACACUGAGGAUACCCAGGAUUCACUGGAGCUGCUUUUUGCCGGUUUGUGGAAUAGGCGUGUGGAUCUUACGGAAAAACACAAACGUCAACUUCAUUUGGCCAGUUUCAUUCAUCGCGCCGUGUGCAGGAGAUUUAGGUGACUUACAUUGGAGACUCGUUUGCGGACUCGUUUGCAUGCUAAUCAGGUUUGGAGCAGAAGAAGGGGAUAUCCAUAACGCACACCCCAAGCAGUAGAGUGACUCCAAUGCAUGUGUAACAGGACCCAGCCAUGCAGAUAACAAGUGCAGGGUCAAGGCUGCGGUGGUGGGUCAAUCGGCCCCCUGUGAGCCCAGGACUCUGGAGGUGGAGGAACACAGUAGUUUAUCUCUAUGUCGUACUUGUCCUUGUCCAGAGCACAGCAGUCUUCGGGGCAUUGGAGUUACAGCUUGAUGAAGAGCAGCCAGCGGGGACAAUAGUGGGUGACAUAAGUGCCGGGUUACCUCCUGGAGAAACAGCCAUUCUUUACUUCAUUUCAGAUCACGAGGGGACAGGUGUAGGCAGCGACCUUUACAUUGACGAAACUACAGGCAUUAUCACCACGGCCAAGAGUCUCGAUAGAGAAAAAAGAGACCACUAUAGCUUCAUCGCUGUAACUAUGACCGGAACGACUAUUGAAGUUUCAAUUACUGUCAAUGAUAUCAACGACCAUGCACCAGUGUUUCCCAAAAAGAAAGCAGCUCUUAAAAUACCCGAGCAUACGCAAGUCGGGACAAGGUUCCACCUAGAGCCUGCUUUGGAUGCGGACAAGGACCAAUUGACAACGCAAGGGUACACCAUCAGAGAAGGCAAUGUGGGCCAAGCCUUUAGACUGGACACUAAGAGAAGUGCUAACAAGGUGCUGAACUUGGAUCUAGUGGUCAAUGGGCCACUCGACAGGGAGAAGCGGUCGACAUACACGCUGGUUUUGGAGGCGUACGAUGGAGGGUCGCCCAAAAGAAUGGGAUCUAUGACUUUGGAAGUGACAAUAACAGAUAUCAACGAUCACGCACCAGUUUUUAACCAAAGUCGGUACCAUGCGAUCAUCUCAGAAAGUCUUCAACAAGGAAGCAGCAUCCUACAAGUAUUUGCCACAGAUGAGGAUGAAGGAGACAAUGGCAUGGUUCUAUAUGAAAUAAACCGUCGUCAGAGUGACCCAGACAGAUACUUUGUGAUGGAUAUGAAGUCUGGAGUCAUUGCACUGAACAGACCCCUGGAUUAUGAGCUCAAGAGAGUACAUGAGCUCGUGGUGCAGGCGCGGGACAAUGCCAGCCAACCAGAGGUGACCAAUGCAUUUGUGACCAUCCAUGUCCGUGACUACAAUGACAACCAGCCCACCAUGACCAUCAUCUUCCUGAGUGAGGACGGCUCUCCCCGGAUCUCGGAGGGGGCCCAGCCUGGACAGUACGUGGCCCGCAUCUCUGUCACUGACCCGGACUACGGAGAGUACGCUAACGUCAACGUGUCCCUGGAGGGCGGAGACGGGAAGUUCGCUCUGACAACUAAAGACAGCAUCAUCUACCUGAUUUAUGUGGAUGAGAUGUUGGACAGAGAGGAGCGAGACUCGUAUGACCUGAGGGUGAUGGCAACUGACUCUGGGACUCCUCCUCUCAGAGCAGAGUCCUCAUUCACUAUACAGGUAAUGGACGUCAAUGACAAUCCUCCUCUAUUCGACCAGCAGUCCUACAAACAAACCAUCCCAGAAGUGGUCUACCCCGGCUCUUUUGUUCUCCAAGUCACGGCUCGAGACAAAGACCAAGGACCGAAUGGGGACGUCCGAUACAGCCUCCUCAAAGGCAAGAACUCCCACUCUGAUUGGUUCUCCAUCGAUCCGGUUACAGGGAUCAUAACCACAGCAACAGUACUGGAUUUUGAGUCAGAACCAGCCCCGAGUAUCACCGUAGUGGCGACAGACAGUGGCAGGCCUUCUCUGUCCUCUACGGCUAAAGUGGACGUUGUACUUCAGGAUGUAAACGACAACACACCUGUUUUCUCCAGUAACUUCUACAAUGCCUCCAUAAAAGAGAACACCGCAGCUGGGACCUGCUUUUUAGAGGUCACAGCUACAGAUGAAGACCGCGGUUCCUUCGGCGCAAUUACCUACACACUGGGGUCGCCAGGAGGGGGCGCUGUGCCGACGCAGUUCACCAUACACAAGGAGACAGGGCAGAUCUGCACCAGCACCACUUUGGACCGGGACGAUGGGCUGGACAAGUUUGAUCUUACAGUCACAGCAACAGAUGGAGGUGGCCUCAGCUCAGUUGCCCGAGUGAAAGUGACCGUGGUGGACAUCAAUGACAACCGCCCCACCUUCUACCCCGUCUUAUACACGGUCAGCCUGAGUACCCACAGUGCACCAGGAACCUCUGUUGUCAAGGUAACAGCCAACGACCCUGACUCUGGUCCCAACGGGAGAGUGACGUACCGAACUGCACCAGGAGGGGGCUCUGCAUUCUUCACACUCAACAAAGACACAGGUGUGAUCUCCUUGUCCCGUUCACUUCACGGUAAAGCCAACACGGUAAUCCCCAUGGUGAUCACGGCUGAAGAUGGCGGAGGUCUGAAGGCGCCGGUCGAUGCCAGAGUGAACAUCAGUAUAGUGGGUGGCUCAGUGGCGCCCCCUGUGUUUGAACAAGCACAUUACUUCUUCACUGUCCCAGAGGAUGUGCUAAGGGGAACUGCGGUGGGGGUGGUCCGAGCGGCUACCCGCACAGGUGUUUCUAAGGACAUCUUGUAUUCCAUCUCGUCUGGAGAUCCUGAUGGCUACUUUACUGUGGACAGUUCUUCCGGUACAAUCCGCACUGCUCUGCCUUUGGACCACGAAAUCUGCUCCAGUCUGGAGUUGGAGAUCCAGGCCCGAUCCGGCUCCCCUCCCGCCUAUGGGACGUCUCGAGUUCGAAUCACCAUCUCUGAUGUCAAUGAUAACUCCCCAGUCUUCCAUCCUUCAUCUUCUGAAUCUUUACUUCUACCUGAAAUCACCAAAAUGGGUGCUGUAAUCUACCGCAUACAAGCCACAGACAAAGAUUCUGGUCACAAUGGUCAGCUUAGUUUUGACUUGGUUUCUGCUGGAGCUGCCGGAAGUAGCGGACAACGAACAUUUGGCGUGGACCGGGGCAGUGGGGAGGUGCGACUUAUUGGGACUCUGUCUUAUGAAACUGUCCCUCGCUAUGACCUCCAAAUUGUUGCCAAAGAUGGUGGCGCACCCCAACUUAGCUCCACCUUCACCCUUGUUGUUCACAUACAAGCUCAAGAUGCACAGGGCCCGCAUUUUGACACACUGACAUAUCGUGUUGAACUGAGAGAAAAUACGCCACUUAAUACUCGGUUCUUGCAAGUUAGAGCUUUGAACAGAGAAUCUUCUGGAAAUGGUGGUACGUCAUCUUCCUCUGUGUCCUACCGCCUUCGACCAGAUGGUGACGCUGCAGGAUUUGGGAUCAUGCCCGAUAGCGGUUGGCUUUUUGUUCGAAGCUCUUUGGAUCGAGAAGUUAAGGAUAUGUAUCUAUUGACUGUCUUAGCCACUUCAGGACAAGGGGGUGUGGGGAGAACCGGUAGUGCAACAGUAAGGGUAACAGUGACUGAUGAGAAUGAUAAUGCACCAAGACUAAGCCAAGAGAGAGUGUUUUUAGCUGUUGGGGAGAAUCUAAUGGCUGGGACUGGCUUUGGAAGAGUAUCUGCGACUGAUAGAGAUGCAGGGCUAAAUGCUAGGCUAACUUACAGACUGCUGCAUCCGGACAAGCACUUCCAAAUCAAUGCACAAACAGGUGAGAUAAGUACACGCCUUGCAUUGGACCGAGAGCAGCAGUCAAGUUACCAGCUGGUUGUGGUGGUCCAAGAUGGCGGCACACCACCGCGCAGCGCUACAGGAACUGCUCACAUUACCGUACUGGAUGAAAAUGACCAUACCCCAACAUUUACUCAUGUGAGGCCAGACAGGGAACUGCUGCUACAGGUCAACGAGGGGCUUCCAUCUGGAACUGUGAUAACAAUACUAACAGCCAAAGACGCAGACGAGGGAGAAAAUGGCACAAUUUUCUACUCUUUAUCAGGCCCCAGAGCAGAGCGUUUCUCCUUGAACCCAAACAGCGGUGAGCUCAGGACGGCCUCUCCUCUGAGAUGGGCCGAGCGCUCAGAAUACUCCUUCACUGUGACUGCUGCAGAUCACGGGACACCAGGCCUCAGUUCCACCUGCCAGAUACGCAUACAGGUCCUCAGUUCAUCCAAAUCCAACCCAAAACCCAAUGUUCUCUCUAUGAUGCUGAACAUUGUCGAGGGGGCCACACCGGGCUCCGUGAUUGGCUCUGUGCGAUCACGUGACCAGUACAACUCUGUAGAGGGUCAGGUGACUUAUCUGGUUGUGGGUGGUACCGACCGUGAUGGGACGUUUAUGGUGGACCGGCUAAGAGGAGACGUGUAUUUGGUGAGGGAGCUGGACUAUGAGAGGGGCUCGAGGUACACUCUACAGGUGGAGGUGUCUGACUUCUCACAGGCGUAUCCCAGCAGCCACCUGGUGCAGCUAGACAUCUAUGUACAGGACAACAAUGACCAUGCCCCCCACUUCACACAGGACCCCAUUUCAAUUGUGGUCCAGGAGAACACCGAACCGGGGGCAUUUGUGCACACGUUUCAAGCAAUAGAUCAGGAUGGCAGUGGCCCCAACAGUGAUCUCCGGUAUUCCAUUGAGCACCAGUGGCCCGAUACAGCUGACCUUUUGACCCUGGACCCUGUCUCUGGAGUCUUAACUUUGGGACAGAGGCUGGACCGCGAGACCACGCCCUCUCUAUACCUGGUGGUGCGUGCUACAGAUCAGGCAGUGGAUCCAUCGCAGCGCCGGUGGGGAUCGGUCACUGCCAGGAUUUUUGUCAGGGAUGAGAAUGAUAACGCUCCAGUCUUCAGCUCUCCAUCUGCAGUCAGCGUCAUGGAGGACCAGCCCGUGGGUUUUGUGAUCUUGUACGUGAUGGCUCGAGAUGAUGAUGAAGGCGAAAAUGGACGUGUCUCGUACAGGAUCCAGGCAGGAAACAGUGCUGGUCGCUUCAGCCUGAAUCCCAACACUGGCUCAUUGUCCAUUCUCAAAGCCCUGGAUCGUGAAGAACAUGAGGUGUACAACUUGACCAUCAUUGCAGAGGAUCAUGGGAUACCUCAGCUGUCCACGUCUCAAGUGCUGAGCGUCCAAGUGAUCGACGUGAACGACGAAGCCCCGGUUUUCCAGAGGGUGGAGUUUGAGACCGUCGUUAUGGAGAACAAAGGACCAGGGACCACAGUGCUGACAGUUACUGCCACAGACCGCGACCAAGGUUCUAAUGGUCAUGUGACGUAUGGAGGGGUGACGGAGGAGGGCUUCCUGAUUAACCCUGUGACUGGAGUCAUCACCACCACCAGAGAGCUGGACCGCGAGCACCAUAACCACUACACUCUGACCGUCUAUGCCAGAGAUGGAGGGAUGCCUUCAAACUUCGCCAAAGCGGUAGUCCGUGUGGAGGUGCAGGAUGUGAAUGAUAAUGCCCCUGUGUUUGCAAAGCUUUGGUACGGUCUGGAAGUGCCCGAAAACCAAGCUCCUGUAGAACUGUGUGUACUGAAAGCUACUGACCCCGACCUGGGCCCCAACGGAGAGCUGGAGUACAGGAUUACAGGUGGAGAUCCAGAUGGAGAUUUCCAGCUCCAUGCCAGCACAGGAGCUCUGUCCACUUCUGGAGCCCUGGACAGAGAGAGCACUGCAGAGUACAACCUGGAGGUGGUGGCUACAGACAAGGGCAGCCCGCCUCAGAGUACCACAGUCACAGUCAACGUGCGAGUGUUGGACGUCAAUGACAACAGCCCUGUGUUUGAGCGAAGCAGCUACACGGUGGAGGUGUCUGAAGACGCAGUAGUGGGAGCACCAGUUUUGGAGGUCAAAGCUACAGAUAAGGAUGAAGCAUUCAAUGGAAAGAUCUUGUACUUCCUGAGUAAAGAGGCGCAUGGUGCAUUCACUGUUGAUGAAAACACGGGACAUAUCAUCACAGCUGCACAUCUGGACAGGGAGAAAGUGGCCACAUACACUUUCCAGGUGCUGGCUGUGGACCUGUCCCCAGCUGAACCUAGAAACACCUCAGCUCAGGUGAUAGUCACAAUCACAGAUGUCAACGACAACGCUCCGUUUUUCCUCCAGGAUCCACUCAUCAUAGAAGUCUCUAGUAAACGUAGCCAGCGCGUUUUGGCUACAAUGAAAGCAGAGGACAAGGACUUUGGAGCAAACGGUUCUGUGUUUUACCGGUUUGCCACUCCAGUCAAAGGUUUCAGUAUUAACUCUCUGACAGGGGAGAUCCAGGCCACAGAGCCCCUCACAGGCCUGACACAGGCCCAGAGGACCCUCAUCGUGGAGGCCAUGGAUCAGGGGAGCCCCGCCCAGUCUGCACAAGGCGUGGUGGUCAUUUUUGUCAAGGAGGUGCAGUACAGUGGCAUUAGGUUCUCCAGAAAUGCCAGAGAUGUCAACAUACAAGAAAAUGCUGCUAAAGGCACAGCAGUAUUUCAGGCUGUGGCUCAACACCCAGAUGGCUCAAACAGGGGCAUCAGCUACAGUCUAUUCAGUGGGAACCGAAAACAGUCUUUUAGUAUCAGCUCCUCGAGUGGUGAGAUCACAGUGGAGAGCUCUAAAGGUCUGGACUUUGAAGACUCUCCCAGGCUGCGACUUGUGGUGAAGGCAGAGACGGUGACCUCCACGACUUUUAUGGCCAUAAACCUGAUCCUGCAGGACGUCAACGACAACCUGCCCCGCUUCCAACUGCAGAACUAUGUGGCCUACCUGAGAGAGGCACACGGACAUGAGCAGCCCAUUAUACAGGUGGUGGCUGAGGAUGUGGACCAGGGCUCUAAUGGUCAGGUGACUUACUCUUUCCAAGCAUCAAGUUGGGCUGCUCUAUUUAAAAUCGACCCCACGACAGGAACCAUCACCACGGCAGCCAUCAUGGACCGCGAGAUCUUCAACCAGACCAAAUUGGUGGUUACAGCAACUGACAGAGGGUCUCCACAGCUCGCAGGUUCAGCCACGCUAACUGUGAUUAUAGUCGACCAAAACGACAACAGUCCAACUAUUCCCCUGCCCCAAGAAAUACGCAUCCCAGAAAACACCUUGAUUGGCACAGAGAUCACCUUGGUAACAGGUAAUGACGUAGACUCCAGCCCAGCUCUGUCCUACUCUCUGAGACUGGAGCCUGCAGCCAUGGGGAGGUUUGGGAUUCACCGCUUCAGUGGCAGUGUGUCGCUCACGGCACCUCUGGACUUUGAGGAGAAGACCUGGUACACCUUGACCGUGAGAGCAUCCGACAGCCGCCAUGACACAGAGGCCAAUAUCACAAUACUAGUGGAAGACAUCAAUGACAACGCACCAACGUUUACUAAUGAUCUGUAUCAGGUGACACUGCCCGAGCACACCCCGGCAGGAAGUACAGUUGUCACGGUAACAGCCACUGACAGAGACUCAGGGGACAAUGGCCGGAUCACCUACAGAGUCAUGUCAUCCACACAGGAGGGCUUCUACAUCGACCCCAAUAACGGGACAUUGUUCAUCAAUCAGAGAGCCGAGUUCGACCCUGAACGUCCCUCCGUCAACAUUGUGAUUGAGGCUCGUGAUGGCGGCUCUCCUUCACUCUCCUCUCUCACCACGGUCCAAGUCCAGAUCUCUGACGUCAAUGAUAAUGCGCCAUUGUUCCAUCAGUCUGAAUACAGAGCCACUGUUUCUGAGGACAGCAUUCCAGGAUCCACUAUUUUGACUUUUGAAGCCUUUGACAGCGAUCUCUCCCGGGAAAACUGCGGCUUUGACUUUGCCAUCGCCAAUGGGAAUGACGGCAAUGCCUUCCAGAUAGAGAGCAGUGUUCGGUACCUGGAGGGGCGGGGCUUCCAGACUGUUGGGACGCUGCUAUUGGCUGAGGGACUGGAUUUUGAAACGAGACCACUCUACAAUCUGACAGUGGUGGUUUCAGAUCGCGGAGUACCUCAGAGAAGUUCGAGUGUGGCUGCUGUGAUUGCCAUUGGGGAUGUGAAUGACAACCCUCCAGUCUUCAGUAGAGCGGACUACACUGUGGCCCUCAGUGAAGGAGCAGCUGCUGGUACAGAGAUCAUACGGCUGACUGCAACAGAUCCGGACUCCACUCCGAAUGCUCAGAUCCAGUAUACCAUCAGCUCUGGAGAUGAGGUGAACCUGUUUUCCAUGGACCAAUGGACCGGAGCGUUACGACUUCAGCGAACACUUGACCGGGAACAUAAAUCCACUCACAUUAUCAUAGUUCAGGCCUCAGAUGGACAGGGCCACUUUGCAUUAGCCCCCGUCACUAUUGAAGUCAAAGACGUGAAUGACAAUCACCCAUAUUUCCCUGUAGAAGUUCUCACAGCCAGCAUCAGGGAAAACCAACCAGCCAACUCCGCAGUGACUGUCCUUCAUGCCAUAGACCAUGACACCGGUGUAUUCGGCCAGCUUAAGUACUAUAUGAUUGAGCGAACUAGCCUGGGCAAAGACAGUUUCAUAGUGGAUCAGAAUACAGGAGAAAUCAGAAGCAAAAUGUCCUUUGAUUUUGAAAAGAUAAACUCAUUUAACUUUGUAGCGUUAGCUGUUGACUCAGGUAACCACUCUGCCACUGUGACUGUCCAAGUUUUUAUUACAGGCGAAGACGAAUAUGAUCCUCUUUUCACAUCAUCAGAGUUUGCAUUUGAGGUCCCAGAAGGAGCUAAGAAAGGACAGAGCAUUGGACAAGUUCAGGCCAAUGAUGAAGAUGGAGGAGUUGAUGGGAUUGUUUUGUACUCGCUACCCACCAACUCACCUUAUUUUGAUGUCAAUAAAACCACUGGGGUGAUUUUCCUAAAGUUGGACAGUACUGGCAGUGCUAGUAGCAGUUCUGGUUCAGGUCGGGCUAAACGAGAUGCUAGACUCAUAAAUCUAGAUGUAAAAGCUCACAGCCCUCUAGAUUCCUCCAGGACUACAACUGCACAGGUUUCCAUUGAUGUCACCAAUACAAACUUUGGUCUAGCUCCGGACGUCAACAUUUUGCUAAUAAGCAUCAUAGCUGUUUCUCUUGGAUUCAUAGUAUUACUGGUUGUCAUGGCAGUUGUCGUUUUCUUGGUGAAAUCUAGGAGAAGAAAGAAAGGGCAGGAUAAAGGAAAUAGAAAUGUUGCAUCUGGAACUGCCAUGCAAAAGCUAGACGAAUGCAGUUCUGGACCAGGAGAAAGAAUCUACCAUCAAACUUUGCCUGGAUACGCUGCUGACCAAAGUGGAGCCGGAGGUGGCCCGUACCCCCGAGGAGGCUCAUUGGACCCUUCUCAUUCUAGUGGCAGAGGAUCAGCAGAAGCAGCAGAAGAUGAUGAAAUUAGAAUGAUCAAUGAAUACCCAAGAGUGGCCUCCAUAACUUCAUCCAUGCAGGAGCACAUCUCAGCGAGAGGUCCCGAUUCCGGUAUCCAGCAAGACGCAGAUCAGUUAUCAGACAUCUCCUGUGAGCCUUCCAGUUUAGAAGGUAGCACCUGGUUCAAGGGGAAGAAACUUGGGGGCAGCCUGAGCGGGACAUUGCUUUCGGGACAGCUGCCAGUCUACAGAGAUGAGGGAGGAGGGUAUCUAGGAGUGGGACGAGGGCUCAAUAUCUCUCUCCCCAAAGACUACGCUUUUCCAGAAGAUGGCAAACCGUCAGUGGAUGGGUCUCUCACUGCCAUAGUUGCCAGUGAUGAGGAGCUAAGAGGAAGCUACAACUGGGACUACCUUCUGAACUGGUGUCCGCAGUUCCAACCUUUGGCUAAUGUUUUUACAGAAAUCGCCAGGCUCAAGGAUGAAACCGCUCAGCAAACGCAAAAUCCACGUCCACCUUUCCAACCAAAACCCAAAAUUGAUACAAAAUCAAGAAUCGACCCUCCACCACUUAUAACAUCUGUGGCUCAUCCAGGGGCCAUGUCAGUUCCUCCAAAAGUUCCAGUGAUUGGUCGAUCGUUCCCGCAUUUAGCAUCUCUACGGCGGUCUCCCAUCAGCCACGAGGGGUCAAUAUCAUCAGCAGCAAUGUCUCCAAGUUUCUCUCCAUCCUUAUCACCACUGGCUGCACGAUCGCCAGCCGUUUCACCGUUCGGGGUCAACCAGGGGCCAUCAGCUUCUAUGAUCAGCACUAGGGAACCCUCACUGGACCAGAGCCCGGACCAUGAGAUGAGAAUAUGAAGGAUUUUUUUUUUAUGUUUGUAUUUAAAGUGUACUUUAGACAACCUGCAAAGUAGGAGAUUUUGUCCCCUUCACAACUUUGGAAUGUAACAAAUGAACUGUUGUGCAAAGUGCCCAAAACUUCCAGCUAUGGUCUCAAGCCAGACACACUACAGGAAAGAGCAUAAAACCUGGAGUGCCUCAUGAGAAUCCAUAAAGGAAGACGCGCAGCCUCCUCUUAGACAUUGUUGUCAAUCGAGUUCUCAAGACGAAAUCGUACAGGAUUUUAUGUAUAUUAUUUAAAUUGAACUUUUGGACACAUAGCAUACAGCAGACAUUUUCCAACUUUCAGUGGAAUGUAUGGAGUAUAAUGGACUAAAGUUGUUGAAUGAAUGAUGAUCAAUGGAAUUUUGUGCCAUGUGCCCAGAUCAAGGCAUUUCAAAGACUACCUUUUUGUUGGUAGAAACUUGACAGUAUUACUCUUUCAGUGUUAAUGGACUAUAACGUGGGUUUAUAGGCUGACCGGACCAGCCAUGGACCCUGUGUUUGAUGUGACGCAGGUCUGCUGGACUGAACAGAAAACAUGGAAGAGGCACUUUCCAUGCUGGACAGCCGGAGAUCCCUUAGCUGUAGAUAAUGUAGUUUCCAUGUUUUACCUCACUGGCUGGCCAGAGAGUACAGCUCCUCUCUUGUGGACAAGUUACAGCUUUUACUUUAUCUCAUGGCUGCUUUUAAAAUGGCCCCUGACUUAACGGUGAACAGUAUUUGAACUGACAAUUCGUUCACAAGGAUAUACUUUGCCAAGCUUCAACAACACUAAAGACUAGUGUGCCCCUUAUCACUACAGAGGACAUGUAUUUUUACUUUAUUUUUUAUAUAUUUUUAUAUGAAAGUAUCAGAUCUCAAAACAGCAGUAUUUCGCACAGAGAGGAUUGUGUAAUUGCUAAUAUGCAUUUGUGUAUGUAUGAAGCCUCUACUAUGUACUAUAUGUAAAAUAUUUCAUUUUUUAAGUGUUCUUGUUCUUGUGUGAGUGACAUAAAAAUAUGUUUUGAUCACUAUUUAUACAAAAAUGGAUUCUGUAUGACGUUAUGUACUUAGAAAUUGUUUGUCAAAUUCUCCAAAAGAUGACUUGUCAUUUCUUCAGCUCUUGUUUCAACCCUCUGUUUUUCAGGGACUAAAUGUCACCUCUGUGUCUUUGGAAAAUAGUGCUUCCAAAAAUCUUUUGAAUUUAUUUGAAAAAUUAAAACCAUCGACUGUGAACUUCGUCUCAGCACAAUGAAAGGAGUAAACCAAUUCAGAGUCAGAUUAAGUGAGUGUUAGUCAAAUGUAUCACACAAUACAACAGAAAAGUCAAUGAAUGUACAAUGAUCUACCAUUUCAGUAUUACAGCUGUGUUUUACAUGCUUAUAAUUUGAUUUGCAGUUUGUUUGUUUUUUUUUUGCUUUUUGAUAUAGCAAAAGGCUGGUAACUGAAAACUGUAAUAACACUACGCCCAAACUUCAUUUAAAAAUAUGAGUUUACUUACACAUAUUAGUAGAGUAAUAGAGAUUGUACCCAGACCCCACAGUAUUUCACAUGUCCCAUUUUUUACAACAACUAAAACUAUAGAUCAAAAACAUGAAAAUCUUUGGACAGACCAUUUACAAUUGUAUAUAGGCUGUGUCCACACUCAUAUGUUUUCAUUUAGAAAUGCAUAAGUCUUGGUCAUCAUUCAUGUCCCUCACACACUAUGCUGACAUAUAAGAAUCUAUAUGGCCAAGACAAAGAUUCAAGAUAUAUUUUUAAAACGUGUGCAGUGUGAAUGGACAGAAUACAGUAGACGCAUUGCCUAUUCAUAAAAGUCAAUAAGCCCAUUUUAUUUUAACUUUUCCAUUUUACAUCUUUAAAGUGUGAACAUAUUGGUUUGAUUAAAAUUUCCUCUAAAUCGCAAUACAUUUCCCCAUUAAAAUAAAAAAUGCACUAUGUAACUUUCCUGGUGAAGUCUCAAAUAUUCCACAGCAUGGUAUUAAACUGUCUUAUAUCUUGCAUUUGUCCAAUUACGGGUGUUUUAAUUGCUAAAAAAAAAAAAAAAAGAAAAAAAAUACCUUGGAAAAACAUGCAUUCUUACAGUCAGAGGUCUCUUCUUUCCAUAGAUCUGACCAGUGACUUGGCCCACUGUCAUCACCUGCUUGUCUCUAUGGAGAUCAGUAAGUUAAAUGCCAAUCUAUGGAACAAUCCAAGCAAAACAUUAACAUCUCCAUGGAAGCAAGCUUGUGGUGGACACUCAACCAGAAAAGUGACAUAUUGCAGUUUUAAGCACAUAUUGAGUUAAAUUUUACAUAUUGUUGUCAGAAGUGUAUGUUGUUGUUUUCUGUUUAUUGUUGGUUGAUUCACGGAGCUGAGUUGUACAUGUAUUUAAAAUGCAAAUAAUA